UUUAAAAGGAUUAUAUAUAAUAAUUAUAAAAUGGAAAAGGAAAGACAAGGAGAUAUUCCUUAUGACUACGACCAUAUUAACAAAGCAAGAGAUAGUGCUGGGGUUGCCACCUAUACACAGUAUAGAAUGGCUAAUCUCCAGUAUGUCUUUAAGUAUUCCCAACAAGCCUUCCUUCAGGGAGUAGCAUUAGGCAGUCUUUAUGGAACUUACAAAGCUUUCAAUGCAAGGAGCAUAAUGAAAGUGCCUAUUUAUGGAGUUGGUUUUGGAGUGUCAUAUGCUGCCUUCCAUGCUGUAUCUGCAUUCUUCAGAAAUGAAAUUUAAAGAAGCUGACUAACUCCUUUUCAAUAAGUGAGACUUGCA